AUGACGGUGCAGGUCCCAAACUCACAGAUUGUGAACUUGUCCGUCGGCACUUCAGUGACGAUCUGGGGGAAAGCUGCCAACGUUUUCAGAAAGGACCCACAGCUGCAGGUGGAUUUCCACACUGGCCGGGACCCCACGUCUGACAUUGCCUUUCAUUUCCGCGUGUACUUCCGCCACUCCGUGGUCAUGAACAGUCUUCAGGAUGGGAAGUGGAGAGAAGACGUGAAGUCCUCCAAGAUGCCCUUUGAGGACGGCAAGCCAUUCAAACUGCGCUUCCUGGUGCUGGACAAUGAGUACCAGGUCAUCGUCAAUGACGAGCACUGCUUCAGCUUCACCCAUCGCGUCCCGCCGAGCUCCGUGAAGAUGGUGCAAGUGUGGAGAGAUGUCCUCCUCUCCUCCGUGGAUGUCUGCUAGGCAGCGACCCGCUCCCCAGAGUUGAGGAGUUGCCCUCUCUGUGCGACCAAGGAAUUCCCCGAAUCCACAAGCACACAUGAUUCCUCCUUACC